UUAAAACAUUUCAUUGCUGGGAGCUGCAUCAUUGUCAGGACCCUCCCUCCACCCAACACCACUGCACUGUGUUCUCCUCACCGCAUCAUACCGACACUGCCCAGCCCAGCUCCUCUCUGCACUCCUCACCAUGGGCACUCUGAUAACAUUCACCUGCAUCCUCCUCUCCACCCUCAUCGCCACAGGCCAGGCUAUUCAUUGCACUGUCUGCAGAUCUGAAGGCGGAGACUUUUCUUGUACUGGAGAAGACAAAGACUGUGGAAGAGAUUUUGUGUGUGCCUCUACCAGCACAAUAACCGUGAUGGAGGGAAUCAGUACAAAAUCCUUCUCCCGUACAUGUGCAAGGCGAAGCAACUGCGGCGCUUCCGGUAGCAUUGUCUUCCAGGGAGGAUACUCUAAAUCAUCCACCACCUGUUGUACCUCUGAUUACUGCUCCCCCACCACUCCUGUGUUGCCUCAGGAUAGUAUUCGCCGUAAUGGACUGAGUUGUCACAGCUGCACCUCCCUUGACUCUAGUUGGUGCCAUACUAAGGAAACAAUAGAGUGCGCCGGAGAAGAAAAUAGAUGCAUUCUUCAGACAGACGUGUACUCAGGAAAGAAGUAUGCCAAGAUGGCUAUGCGGGGAUGCGGCACCAAGACAUUCUGUGACCUCGGCAGCCAGACUUUUACUUUUGGAGGCGUUAGCUUGAGACGAGAGAUCACCUGUACAAGUCACGGUCUCAACCUUCAUGCCAACGCAUUGCUGAUAGCAAUAGGGGCUGUGCUUGCACACAGACUAAUGCUCUAGGCCCCAUUUUCUGAUCACCCACAGUAUAGUGUGCCACUGUUUUCAACAGAAUGCCCUACGUGUACACGCCGGGAGCACAACGUUGGUUGCCGUAUGGCGCUUUUGUUGUCUUUUUCUCUGUUUUUGAAUGUUCGAUACCCUGGUGCAUGCAUCCAAUAUCAAACUGCUGCGCAUGAAACAUGCUUUCAUCACAAGUUAGUGGGAAUAAUGUAUAUCAAAUGGCUGUCACUUGACACUCAAAUCUGUCUUUUAGGUUCUUAAUCCCUUCAAAAAAUGUAUGGCACUAAUAAGGAUUUGUACUUGCCAAUGUUC